AUGCGUAUCAAUCACAGUUUCGUCGUGGCCUCCAUGGCCCUUUUGUUUGUACUUGAGUUCACCAACACAAACACCGUCUCCGCAAACUCUGGGGGCGACGGAUCUGGUCUCAUCAGAGUACUUCGUCGUCGAUCUCUCAGCGCUGAAUCCCCAAACACCAAUGAAGAAACCACCCAGGGCGAACCCAUAGCUACACAUCCUGUUCAACAAUCCGGCGUGCCUCAGUUAGGGCUUUCGGCCGGAAUGAUACAGCUUAUCUCAACCGGUCUCGUUCGCUCUAUUGCCAAGUUCUCGGCCGAUAAAGAAGCUGGAGUUGAAUUUCCAACUCAGCAAGAAAUGACGCAAGCUAUUGAUCAAGCACUUUGGACAUCAGAUUCAACCAACUCCGCCAAAGUCGCUCAAGCCAUCAAGAAUUCCAUCGAUGCUCUUGCUGAUCGGAAACUCGCUGAAGGUGAAACUGGAAGGAAUCGCACGUCAAAGGUUUCAAAACCCACUCCACCAUCUGCUCGAACUUCUUCCGACCAAAUUGCAGCUGCUCUCCUCCAAACCAUUCACGCGUUUUGUGAAGAUAAAGCUGCCGGUGGUCGAUUACCAACUGCAACUGAAGUCAACAAAGCAUUAACACCAGCCUUACAAAGUAUUGACUUUGGUAAUGUCAAGAAAGGUGCAGGGGCUGUGAAGUUUGGAUUAGAUCAAAUGGGUACUACACACAACUCUGAAAAUGACACUCCCUCUCCCUGCCCAAACUCAUGA